AUGGCCGUCUUCUCUGAUCUUGCCCCAAUGCACCGUCGACCCGCUGAGUAUUCUGCCGAUAUGCGUCAGCCGCGAGCCAUGGCAAACUACCACCCCCCGACAAGCGAAUUCUCAUUUGCCCUGCCCUCAGUCAAAGAGAUGUUUCCCGAGUUAACCAGUGGCACCUGGUCACCAACCAAUGGCAGCACUGCCCAGCCCAUUUCGCCCAAGGAUGUUGCCUCCUCCCCUGCGCGUGUCUCGCUCUCCCCAAAGCCCUUCUUCUACAUCAUGGAGCUCAGGAGGAUGGGCCACUACCCCAGCAACAGCCGUAUCUCCCACUUCUUCAUUUGCGAAGCCAGCACCAAUGGAGGUUCAGGAGCGCUCACCAGCUGUUCGGUUCGCUUUACCCUUCCCGCUCCCGAGCCAGCCUGGUGCGAACCACUCGGAAGUUCCGCCAAACAAGCCCCAGGAGUGGCCCAGAGCGUAUAG